AUGGCUAGGAUAUUCGGCGUGGGCGUUGCAAGCGCUCUCGCUAUUGUGCAGUUCGCUGCUUUAGCGUUUUUGAUCAUAUGCUGUGUGACGGCGCCGGUGUUUAAACAGAUUGGAAUCGCGAAAACGAGCGAUGUUGUUUUUGGAACUUUCGGGUACUGUGAGAAGGGUGUUUGCUCAUCAGCAGCAGCCAAUUAUCACCCAGAAACCAUAGACACGUCGGAAACCUGGAAAAUGAGCACGUCAGUGCGUAGAAAACUCGGCAGAAUCCUCAUCAUCAUGCCUGUCGCUGCAGGGCUCACGUUUUUCGCGAUGGUGGGCACCAUUGUGUCACAAAUCGGUUCCUUAAGCGCCUCUGGUGUCUGCCUGGUGUUUAACGUCUUGCUGAACGUCAUAGCAUUUGCUGCCUCUGCUCUGAUGUGCAUAGUAACGUUUCUACUGUUCUUCCCAAGCAUCACGUGGUGUGCAUGGCUUCUGAUCCCAGCUGCCGCUAUAAACCUUUUAUGCGUUCCAUUAGCGUUUGUUGCACAUUCACUGGGAUCUGCAGACGACGCUGAGCGAGACUUUGACUCUACCAAUAGCCCCAAUCUUACUAGAUUGGACCAAGACGACGCACCCGACCGCUACAGCUUGGACGAUUACAAAGAAAGUGCCAAGUUUGGCAAUCACGACAACGCUUUGUACCGUGAAGUUUACAAAGGUCCUCAAAUUGUAUCUUCGACUACCAUAAACUCAGGUACAACCGACUCGAGGUCUGAUCGGGACGCUUUCAUAAGGGAAGGACCCAACAACAAUACCGGCAGAAAUGCGUCGCAUACUCAGCUUGCAUCUGCAGAACCCGUCCCUGACUUUUCAUUUGAGGAUACCUCCAACGUCGCAAAACCUUACUCGGCAAUUGCAGCUUCUCACAACCUCCAAGGAAUGCCUCAAGAAGACCUAGCAUCAAAGCCAAUCAGGGCCCCUCAAAUGUUACGCGGCCCAUCUACGACGUCAUCUUUUUACUCACAAACCGACGGGGAGCUCUCGCGUCAGGGCACUCUCAGAACUACAGACUUACGUCCUACCUCUGCUCUAGACUUGCAGUCGGCCAAAGGUGUGAAAACUGGCCAUGACGAGUUGCAAAACAUCAUCAAUGGAGCCAUACAUGAGGAGGAAGAUGAAGAGUUCCUAAAGCAGCAGACUAUUGACCCAAGCGAACGGCCAUCUCUUGAUGACGAUGAUGGUAUCAAAGACGACGAUUCAGACUUUACUUCUGUUUCACAACGUGGCAUCAACCCGAAUUACAUGUCUGCUAUAAGUGGUAAUAGGUUUGCGCAAAGGCCCGUACAACCAGCCGUGCAGCAUUCAAGAGAGCCUCGUAUCACUGAAGACCCGUCCUUUGCUAAGAUGCCCAAUCACAAGUAUCAAGUCGUUCCUUCACAAGCACAGAGGAAGUUUGCGCCUCCGCCCCAGGGAAUGGUACCUCAACACCAUUACCAGCCCUACAAUCCCCAGCAACCGGUCCAACCGUCUGGAAGAAUCCCCAACUAUGGCAGACCGCAAAGGGUUCCACAAGUCGCGAGCGGAGGUUCCGAUGCGAUUUUGAAUACUAGUCCAGAUUUCAUCGUUCCCGGUGUACGUGGUCCUCAGGGCGCAGGUGGUCGCGUCGCCCAACGGCCCAUGUAUGCUGCCCCACAACAAGCAGCGCCUGCUACUAUGUACAAGCCAGCCUACAAGAAACGGCUACCGAGACAGAAUAUUCCAGCCGCUUCAAUGGCGAGAGACGGACCUUACAGUGGAAUGAUGUAA